UACAGGUUCAUCAGGUGGAAAGCAGAAGGGCCUUCCAGGUGGAGGGAACAGCAGGUGUGAAGAUCUGGAGGCAUGAAGCAGUUUGGUGAGCUCAGGAAACACAGCCCAGGACAGCGCAACACAGAGUCUGCCCAGGAGGUGGGUGAGCGCCCGGAAUCCCAGAGUCUGAAUCCUUCCUCUAAGUGGAGAGGAGAAAGCCCCAGAUCCCUGGAGGUGCACCUCCAGCUGAGAGCCUCCAGAGAAACUCUCUCGCAGAACCCUGACUACGGUGUCUGUGGAGCCAAGAGAUGGAUCCAAACUCCAGCUUGCUUUCGGGUCCAGCCCAAUAUCCGACAGAACCUUGCAUGGAAGGUGGAAGAAGCCUAUCCCCCAGGGAGCAGAGCAGAUGCUCCCCCUUUGCCUGGAGUCAGGUCCCCGGCUCCAGCCUCUCCGACCCUGACUGCUUUGGGGAUGAGCACAUCCAGGCAAAGAGGGCCAGAGUAGAGACCAUCGUACGAGGCAUGUUCCUCUCCCCAACCCCUCUGGGGCCAGGCAGGGCCCCCGCCGGGGACGGCCUGAGCUGCCCAGAGAAGGCCUGGGGGCGGAAGAGGAAGCAGAGCCUUCCCGCGCAGCAAGGCCCCCUGGAGCCAGGCCCCGCAGGGAACCGGGGCGGUGGCAGGAAGGGGGGCCCUCGGGUGAGAGGACAGCUCCACCUGCUGAGGCAGCAGGUGAGACACCUGCGGGAACGCGUCCUGCGGGCCGUGGAGCCCAGGGCCGCAGCCCAGGGCCCUGCGACGGCAGACCAGAGGAACGGCCCUGGGCCUGGGCCCUGGGGGGUGGACAGCGACCACCACCACUGCCCGGGGUCCGUCGGGGACCUCUCCAGGUUGGAGACACACAGAGUGUCUGAGGUCCAGUACCUGCCUGAGGGGCCCAGGUUUCUUCCCUCUGAAGCACGGGCCUUGCUGGAGAGUCUGAAGAAAGAACUGACGGGGGCCAUAUCCCAGGCUGUGGACUCGGUGUUACAGAAGGUACUGGUGGAUCCAUCGGGGCGCCUGACUCAGCUGGGCGGGAAGUUGCAGGGGCCCGUGCCAGACGGGAGGAGUGAGCCCUCGCCUCCUGAGGGCGGUGCCCGUAAAGAUCCGCUUCCUCUGGCGGCCUUGCCGAGGCGGGCCCAGCCACCAGCAGGGGCUCCACUGGGAAGCUUAUCGCUGGCCAAGUCUCUAGAUCCUCCCAGGUACCCCAUCUCUCCGAGAAUGAUCCCCAAACCCUAUCAGGCUCCCCCAACAGACUGUCCCUUGGCGGUUGCACCUGCCCACAUCCAGAAGGAGCAGAUUCUCGGCCAGCUACUGGGCCAUGGGCCCGGGGGCAGCUGGAGGGGCGGUCUUCCUCAGGACCCGUCUGCCCGGAGCCAGCCCUCCUCGGAGGUGGCCCUGCGACCUUGGGGAGCUGCCAGACUGCGACCUUUGGCCUCGGGCCAGCGGCAGUGCCCCUGGCCCUUCACGUCCACCUGUUUGGAAAGACUGGCCCUCGUUCCCCCAGUGAAAAUGGAGCCGGGUGGCCUGCAGGCUAUCACGGACACGCUUCCUUUCUCUGCAGCCCACAUAUCCUUUUCGGGUAAUCGGGGUUCUCAUUUGUCCCAGCCCAGGGAGACAGGAACUCCAGAUGCUGAGGGGAGGCUAGGGGACAAACAACUGCUUGGCUCGGGGAACUGCUCUGUUCUCCCGGAGGAGAGGGGCGUCUUCUUAAUGUUCGUUCUGGGGCUUCCGUCCCCUGUGGCUCAUAGCUGUUAGGUUCCUGAGAAAGUGGUGGCCGUGUUCUGAGAUCCAAGGGUCUGGGAGGGUUCCUUCACCUUCUUCUGUAACAUAGAUUCUACCACUACUGAAUUAAUCCUUUGGGUCUGGAAGGGUUUUAUUUAUUUUUAAACCCAAAUGGGCUCCCAAAAUAUGACAAAAACAACCUGUGGAAGGAAGAACCCCAUCACUGAGACGUCAGCUGCUCAUACACCUUGGCAGUGGCCUACACCUAAGCAAUGGCCUUACCUGAGAUGUGGCUCCCAGAACCUCUUGUCUCUUCAGGCAAAAAGAGACAUCUCCUUAAAUGAGACAUCUCAUUAAAUUGCAUCUCCUUGUGUCUGUGGAGUCACACAAGCAGGGGUGAAUAGUCAUGCCCCUUCUACCUGCACCAACUAGAUAACUCAUGGGCAAUACAUGAGGGGCCAGAAACUUGCGGGGCUGAUGGGAAAAGGGGAGAUUUUCUUCAGGGACAAGACCUGAGGCCAGGUGAAAGGGGUAAGAAGACUUCAGUUUAAGGACUAGCUUCUAAGCUGCUGCUGAGCAGAGAGCUGGGUGCUGCAUGAGUGGAGGGAGUGGGGCUGGGGGGGUCCCCCGCCGGGCAGGCUGUGGGGCCCAGGCUGGUCUGCAGAGGGUCUGAAUCUUACUGCAUCAUCUUUGCAGGCCUUAGGGAGAGCCCCCUCAGAAGCAGAUGUUUCUCCAGAGUAACCCUCCCUCAGGAAUGUAAAAGUUGUUGAAGCAAGAGAAGUUGCUUGGGUAAACACUGGGUUAGUUCCAUUUCUGUGGGACUUCUCAGAGCCUUUUUAGCAUGAAGUCCGAUGAAAACCGCUAAGAGGAGAAUGUAUACAGUCCCACACGCAUCUAACCAAAGAGCCCUCUUUCAACCAGCAUCUUGUGAGAUUAAAGUUCCUGAGAACAUAUUUAUUGGAUGUGGCUUUUUUAGUGAGCCAAGCUCACGCUGCUGCUUCUCAGGGACAGCCUUAAAUUGCAUCUCCUUGUGCCUGUGGAGUCACACAAGCAGGGGUGAAUAGUCAAGCCCCUUCUACCUGGCAAGCUGUGGUGAAGGCGGCAGGAUGGGGUGGAACCCGCUCACGGCCACACCAGGCUGGCUCUUGUGUCCUAGGCUAUGAGCGCCACCUGCUGGUCACAAGUGUUGGCAACACAGCCCAAGCUUGGACACCCCCGGGUUCUUUUCCUGGCAGGCCGGGAGCAACAGCCACAAACAAACCCAAUGCUGAGAGCAUCUCGCCAGCCACCAGUACCCCUUUCAGGCAGUAGACACAGAGAGAUCACUGUAGACAGAUUUUCUUGUCAGGUGAAAGCCCUGAGUGAGAGAAGCUAUCUGUGCAGGCCUUUGACAAGAGGCCACUGAUUAAGACUCCCUGUCAGAGUCAGGUUGUGGAAGAACCUCAAGAACUCAGUCCCCAAAGAUUCUCCGCUGAUCUUCCCCUGGGAAGGGUAUUCUGUUAUUUCAGAAGAGCACCUCCUGUGUGCCUGGACCUGCCUUGUGAAAUGAGGCUUGGGCUCCGAGAGCUUCAGGGGGUUUUGGGGGGCCACCCACAGGGCCUGGCUGCCCUGAUCAGGUAUUGGGCUACCUUUGCAACAAUUGGGGGCCCCCAGGAAGCAUCCUGGCCCCAAUUAUUCCCUCAUUCUAGAAUUAUAGAUUUAUUCUUCUGGGGCCAUGAAAGCCCAGAAGAGCAAGAUGCUUACAUAUAAAAGAACUUUCCAUUCACAUGACACCCCUGUGACCAGGUGGAACGGGUAUGAUGAUGAGGCAAUGAUGAGUGACCGCACACCUCCUGGGCAGCAGGCACUGGGACCGGCAGUUCCCACCUAGCCACAGUUCUGAAACUCAAAACGCUCUGAAAAACUCUGAUUUCUUUCUCCUAAGGUCGAUGGGAAAUCCUCUUGGUUGCAAACCCUGCAAAGCGCAGGUUUUGACCUGCACUGCGCGCUGAGUCGCUUCAGUCAUGUCCGACUCUUUGUGACCCUAUGGACCGAAGCCCACCAGGCUCCUCUGUCCAUGGGAUUCUCCAGGCAAGAAUGCCGGAGUGAGUUGCCGUGCCCUCCUCCAGGGGAUCUUCCUGACCCAGGGAUGGAACCCACGUCUCCUGUGUCUCCUGCAUUGGCAGGCAGGUUCUUAACCACCAGCGGCACCUGGGAAGCCCUACGUGUGCUGAUAGGAGGCCUUUUAUAGACUAUCUCACUUAGCACAAUUAGUCUUUGAUUUUGCUGUGGGAACUUUAAACUAUCUGAUUAGACAGCUGCCACAGACCCUGCUGUGGACAGUGACUAACACAUCAUACACACACCAUAUUGCCUUGACAAGAUAAAUUCUGAAACCUGGCUUCCAUUUGGCCCACUGUUUCAGAGAAGGGGUUGUGAGCCCGAGUUACCUCACCAUCCUCAAGUAUCCACUCUAGAUCAGUAUCCGAGAGGGACAGAAGCAGGCUAAGUUGCUCAGAGUCAGACAGACACAUGCAGAGCCAGGAUUCAAAGCCAGCAUCUGACUGCCAAGCGCGUUUCAACCACUACACUCCACAGUUUAGAAAUAGGGCCCAGCGAAGGUAAGCGGCUUGCCUAGGGUUAUACAGGACUAAGUGGCAAAAUCUAUGAUCUGAAGCUGGGUCUUUGAACUUCCAAUCCAGGAUUCUUUCCAUAGCACUUACGAAGGAUAAGAAGUAGGGCUAGUGAGGCAGGGGGCAGGGGCCUCCUGGACAGCGGCCUGGGUGCCUGGGCCAGCUAUAGUUGAAACCAGUUGUCUGGUUUCCUUCCGGUAAACUGACAAGUCCUCUUCAUUGUCCUAAAGCUACAGCUCUCAGGCUUCAGCUCCAAGGUCACCCUGAAUGCUUUCCACACAGCCCUAGGAUUGUUCCUGGGAAUGCUAAGUGUUCUAGCGUAAGACUCUUUAUUUCCCUACCACCCUGGUGCUAGAUUUUCAUGCCACAGCCCCCUGCUCUUACUAAAGGGGGAGGGAUCUGUUCCCAGAGUGAGAGGCAUGGGUUGGAAUAGAAUCGCCAUACUUAAUCAUGGAUUAAAAUUGACAAUUCAAUCACUCAUUCCUUCAUUCACCAAACAUUUAUUGAGCACCUACUCUGCUCCUAGCACCGGGCUAGGCACGUGGAAUACAAAGAUGAACGGGUAAGGCCCUUGCUCUCAAGGAGCUCACAGUCUAAAUGGGGAGGCAAACAUGCAAUAAAAA